CGUGUAAAAUUGUGUUAUAUGGACCGGGGAGUGAUUUGGAAGCUAAAUUCAUGUUCGUGGACAGACGACACCUUUAGUCUGAAGGGAUCUGACACAGACAGCCCUGGAUGUAAUGCAGCCCAGACUUACGAGGAAUUAUCAAAGAAAACAUAUACUAUGGUUUACGAUGCUUUAAAAAAAGGAGAAGAACAUCCUACAAACAUCCCCGAACAUCCUGGCUCUGGUACAGAGAGCCCCAGGUGUAAUGCAGCCCAGACUUACGAGGAAUUGUCAAUGAAAACAGAAAAAGAAGACAAUGGACCCGAUAACUAUCAGGUAUACACGCCGUUGGAUGAGUUUAAAAUACCGUCGCAUAUGAACUACGGAAAUGUCAAAAACGAAAAUCCCGUUUACAACAAUACUGUGCUGUAGAACCCUGGGACUAACAGUGCUUUAUGUGGAAAAGUGAAAGUCUAACACAGUUGUUCUGAACAUUUGACUUUGUUUUAAUCGCAUUUUUCCG